GCCAUCUCAACUACCCCUAGCACCACCCACGACCAGCCGGCGGCAGCGCUACGCCGCCAACACAAGCUCGCGCUCCGUCCGGGGAAAUGGCUUCCCUCUGUAUCGUCGUCGCGGCGGCGCUGCUGGUCCUCGGGUGCGCGAACAGCGGCGCGACGGCGCGGCCGCUGGUCGGGGCGGCGGCGGCGAAGCAGCCGCUGCAGACGUCGCGUCCGUACAACAUCGCGCACAGGGGCUCCAACGGCGAGCUCCCCGAGGAGACGGCGGCGGCGUACAUGCGCGCGGUCGACGAGGGCGCCGACUUCAUCGAGGCGGACAUCGUGGCCACCAAGGACGGCCACCUCGUCUGCUUCCACGACGUGACGCUGGACGACACCACCGACGUCGCCGACCACAAGGAGUUCGCCGCCCGCCGCCGCACGCUCGAGGUGCAGUGGGCCAACGUCACCGGAUACUUCAUCACUGAUUUCACGCUGGCCGAGCUGAAGACGCUGAGAGUGAAGCAGAGAUGGUCCUUCCGUGACAAAUCUCACGAUGGCAUUUCUCCCAUCAUCACCUUCGACGAGUUCAUCGACAUCGCGCUGAACGCCAAGAGGGUCGUCGGGAUCUACCCGGAGAUGAAGAGCCCCGUGUUCAUCAACCAGCACGUGAAGUGGGCGGACGGGAAGAAGUACGAGGACAAGUUCAUCGGGACGCUGAAGAAGUACGGGUACGGGGGCAAGUACAUGACGAAGCGGUGGAAGGAGAGGCCGGUGUUCAUCCAGUCCUUCGCGCCGACGUCGCUCAUCUACGCCGCCGACCUGACCGACUCGCCCAAGGUGUUCCUCAUCGACGACGUGACGGUGCGGACGGAGGACACGGACCAGUCGUACGAGGAGAUCACCUCCGACGAGUACCUGGACUACAUGCGGGAGUACGUGGUGGGGAUCGGGCCGUGGAAGGACACGGUGGUGCCGCCGACGAGGGACAACACGCUGGCGACGCCGACGGACAUGGUGGCCAUGGCGCACGCCAGGGGCCUGCAGGUGCACCCCUACACGUACCGGAACGAGAACCGCUUCCUGCACUACAACUUCCGGCAGGACCCCUACGCCGAGUACGACUACUGGCUCAACGACGUCGGCGUCGACGGCCUCUUCACCGACUUCCCCGCCAGCCUCCGCCGCUUCCAGGACUGGACCGCCGCCAAGAACUGAUCGGCAGACCACACAUGAGUACCCUAUACGUUCAGAUAGCCACAGGCAGGUUCAGAUAGGUUUCUCUCUUCUCCUUGGGUUGUUCAGGAUUGGAUUUUGCAUUGGCAAUACAUGGAAUGGAUUCGUUA